CAAGUCAACAACGUCAACGCUUCCUCAGAACAGUGGAAAAUUUCAGGAACAAGAAGCGACGAAAAAUGUUUAUGCCAAUAUGGACGAAUUACCGGAGGAAGAGGAAGGUAGGAAGACGCUCAAGGAUUUCUUUGAGGCCUGCAAAGAGUUUAUCGUAUCAGACGGCGGUCCGCCUCGCUGGUUCUCUCCUUUGGAGUGCGUCUGCAGGGCACCGGAUUCUCCCCUGUUUCUCUUUUUGCCUGCUACAUCCUUUGGCAAGUCACAACUGAAACCUCUUCUACCUUUACUACAAAGCAUUCCAGAUGAAUUCUUUCUUUUGGCAAGAAAUUCCAUGUUAACCUUAACCACAGGUGACCAUUUGAGGAUGCUGAUGGAUAAUGUAGUGAAGGGCAUUCCUCUGGGACAAUCUGUUGUUGGAAAGCUGUCACAGGAUAUUGUUGCUGCAUUAUCUAACCCCUCUGUUCUGGUUGAAAUCUUACCCAAAGAAUUGCUCGAAUAGAAGCUACAAAUGCUGAAAUCUGCUUCUGCAUAUUCCAACUCUCAUCUCCAUGCCACAAAAGCUGAAGUGCUAUUACUUUGCAGUGGAAGAGAUCAAUUGUUUCCAAGUGAAGAGGAAGGUGAAAGACUACGCCAUGCACUCCCAAAUUGUGAGAUUGGAAGGUGGUACUGAUUUGGUAACAAUCAUCAAGGGAACUAGCUUUAAUCGUUGUGGAAAAUACCAUGACUAUUUUCAGAUUACAUGCCACCUACACUUCCUGAAUUCUAGAAGUUAUAUGAAUCAAAUAGAUGGUUAAAUGCUGCUCUUAGCUCUGUGAUGCUCUCAACUACCAAGGAUGGGAAGGUGGUGAAGGGCCUUGCCGGGGUUCCAUUGGAGGGAACUGUCCUGUACGUUGGUUAUCACAUGUUACUGGGACUAGAAGUUAUUCCCUUGGUAUCUGAAUUUCUUACUCAGAGAAAUAUCCUCUUGCGAGGGAUAGCACAUCCAUUGCUGUUUGAAAGAUUGAGAGAAGGUAGGUUACCUGAUGUAUCAACCUUUGACUCAAUAUGAUUAAUGGGCGCAGUUCCUGUUUCAGGAACAAAUUUCUACAAGCUUAUGUCUUCAAAAUCUCAUAGCCUGUUGUUCCCUGGAGGGGUGGGCGCUGCUCUUCACAGGAAGGAAUGAAGGAGAUGGCGAGGUGUCAAACCAACAACUUUACCAACCAUGACUGGCACCAAGGUUUCCAGGAAUAUAUUAUUUUGAUUUUGGGAAACCAACUGAAACCCAAGGAAGAAAGCAAGAACUGAAAGAUAGGGAGAAAUGUUAUCAACUGUAUUUACAUAGAUGCAUUGCUUACUUGAAGCAGAAAAGAGAAGAAGAUCCAUACAGGAAUAUUGUACCCCGGCUAAUGAACCAGGCCACACAUGGUUCCAACUCUCAAGCUCCUUCCUGUGACCUUUAAUCAAUCUUGUUAUUGAGUGGUGUUGAAUCCCCUGGGAGUAACUUAACAAGUAUUUGUAUAACUUGACACUGAUUAAAACUUUAAUAUGCAU